AUGCAUCAUCUGUCCAACACCCCCCCUACCUCAUGCAACAUCGGCAUGUUGUCUCCCGAGGCACACGGCUCACAAACCGGCAGCUCCUCCGUAUUCCUGCUACAUGUCGCGCUCGAAUUGCCGUUUGCGCUCCAGAGCCUUCUCAUGGCCGAGCAUCUACCAUUCCUCGAGAUGACAAACACGACGCUUGUCGUGCUGAAGAUCUAUGGGGCGCUCGCCAUCGGUACGUGCGUCGGGGCAGUGCUGUGUCGCUCGUUGCCUGAGUUCCUCCCCGGAAAACGUGCCAUGGCGCUCAGCCUGUUGGUCUAUCAUGCUAUCGCUGCAGCAACACUCAUGACAUCUCCGCGUUUCGUCCCCCUUUCAUUUGGACCUCUUGCCGAGUCGCUGACAAUCACCCCGGAGAGAUCAUAUGCCGUCCUCCAUGGACUGGCGGCGCUUGGGUUCGCGAGCUGGUGGCAGGUCACGCUGCCCUAUGUUGCCGCGGCCAAGGGCAAGUUCCAGUAA